AUGCCGCUCCUCGACUCCCACCUGGAGCAAAUUGCUCUUUCGUCAGCUGCUAUCUCUGAACUACCGUCCGUACUCAUUAUCCUUCAAUCCAUUUUUCGUCCGACUCACCAAGCAAUUUACUCCAGGUUCCCUCCACCCCGCAUCUUCACGAACGCGCUACUGGGCUCACACGAAAUCACCGCCUUGAUUCGCGAUACUGAAGUCCAUGAACGAGCUCUGUUCCAGGUUGAUUCGUCGACGAAGGCGCAUGGAGCACAGCGGCGUGCCACCCGACGCGGAACAACAUUCCCCGCGGAGUCUGACAACGAGUCUAUGGCCAGCCGAAUCUACUCCGCGCGAAAUAACCGCAAUCAGUCCGCUGUAGCUCGAGUAUUGGGCUCUGACAUGAUGGAGGAAAUCAAGCGAUCUGCAGGCUCGUCCAUCCGGGGUCCACGAGGAGAAGUGAACAUCGAGGUCUUGCUUCGCGGAGCCGAGAUCCUAUGCAAUGUCUACCCCGUUGCAGGUGCACAGGAAAAGAUUGCUAGCUUGCGUUACCGCCAUGAGAUGAUUGCGGAAUCCAUUGCGCAACUGGAGGACCGCGUCGCUGCCAAUACCGCCGAGCUAGAGCAGAUGCGCCACUCGUAUGGUGACGACGAGGAUUACUACGCUCCCGCAUCGUCCUCGCAGCCAGAUCCUCCCGAUGUCACCGACGAGGACAUCGAACGGGAAUUGGCUGAAAUAAGGGAGCUGGAGCGAAGGAAACGCACGUUGGAGGAGCGAGUUACUGGCAUGGACCGUGACCUCGGGGGACUAAUAGGCUGA